AUGGAAAAGUGGACGCAGCUGGAGAAUAAGAGUCGCAGCUGCGCAAUAAUUUCGACGGAGGACACCAAGCGGACACCUGACCUGGUCCCAUUUCUGCCUCUUCUGAAAACUCCGUCAGAGCAUCAGUCCUCUCCUCCUGACGGAUGGACAGAUCUGGAAACAGACUGGGAGGAGGAGAAGGAUGUGGAAAAAGAUGAAGAACAAAUAGAGAGGCAGGUGAAGAUGAAGAGAGAGGAGCAAACGAAGGAGGAGGAGGAGGAGGAGGAAGAAGAAGAGGAACAAAUAGAGAGGCAGGAAAAUAUGAAGAGAGAGGAGCAAACGAAGGAGGAGGAGGAAGAAGAAGAGGAACAAAUAGAGAGGCAGGAAAAGAUGAAGAGAGAGGAGCAAACGAAGGAGGAGGAGGAGGAAGAAGAGGAGGAGGAAGAGGAGUGGUCCUCCCUGACAGAGACCAGAUGCGAUCAGAGAAAUUACUCUCUUGAAGGGGGAGAUCUACCCUGGAAUCUGGCAAACCCAGAGAUGGCCAUGUAUCUAGCCUUGCCCACCUGGAUACAAACAGCGUUGCUAUGCAACAUCAUGGGGUUGCUGUGCACCCACACCCCAAUGCGUGUGAUGUCAUACAUGCUCCUCCCCUUCACUCUGCUAUUCAGCUUCCUCCUUGGAAACGUGCAUAGGCUGGUUGUAUUAGGGUUCUGGAUGUGGCAGGACCUACGACAGAUCACCUUCUUUAUCAUCAACACCCUGGUCUCCAGCCUCCACAUAAAUCUAGAAGACAGAAACCUACAAGACAGAUAGACAGACAGACCUGGACUACAGGAAAGGACUCCAACCAGUACACGAUCUUGCUCCGCUUGGAUCUGGAGUGAAGGGAUAUAGAGAAGGUGGUGGAGAAUGAGGGGGAUGGAGGCAGAGAAGGAGUGGAGACUAUCGCCACUGUACCUCUCUGCCCUGGGCUGAAGGAGUGGAUGAAGAAGGAGAUCUUGGUUGAUCCCCCCCCUUAUAAUAACAACCUUACUGUUGUACUUGUCCUUCAUACACUAACACUCACACUUGUCUUGAAAU